UCUCUCUCAUGCUACGAGUCAGUUUGCUUUCCGCUGACUAAGCAUGGCAACGUUUGACGGCAUUUCCUAUCGUUCCACUUGAUCUUCAAUUUUUCCGAUGAACUUUCCCGCUGCCCUCCACGUCCCCUUAAUAGUGUGGAACUGGUCAUUCUCCCUGCCUUCACUAAUGCCUACCGGUUGAACCAACUAUCACCAAGUGGGCCAUUCAUUCCAUGUCGGGACGGAACGCGCCUCGCUCGAAGAAUGGCUGCAGCACCUGCCGCCGUCGUAAAGUGAAAUGUGGUGAAGAACGGCCGGUGUGCAAGCGAUGUGCCAACCUGCGCCUGGCCUGCGAGUGGGGGAUUCCCGUCAAGCGCGGCAAAGCCCAUGCCCCUGUUCGGCACCUGCAGCCGGCGCAGCCUCGCUGGGCCAGCGAUGUCAUCACCACCACCACUUGCAUCCCCUCGGACACGCCCUCGCCUUCGUACACUGACGUGUCCAACGGCAUCCUACAUCCCCAUUAUGCCACUACCCUCGCUACCCUUUGGCAUCGGCAGUCCCCCGCAGCCCCGGAUUUGACCCCGGUUUCCCCAGACGUCAUCUUCCCCACGGGCUGGCCGUUUCCGCCCUAUCCCCAACCUUCACCCUUAUACCGGCCUCUAUCGGAACCCGGUCUGGUCUGCAACAACUCGCUCGUCUUGACCGAGCAUGACCAAAAAUACUUUCGGUACUUUCCCUCCUCGUCCGUGGUGUAUUACUAUAUGAAAAAUUGGCAAUGGAGUAGUUUUCGGUAUCUGUAUGAAGGGCCCGCGACCACCAGCAAGGUGAUCAUGCGGAUGAUUCUGGCUUUGUCGGCGAGUGAUAUGCAUCGCAAUGGUCUGGCGGUGCGGUCGCCAGGUCGUCCCACGGCCGAGGACCACGGUCGGUACCAUUACGGCAUGGCCGUCAAGGAAUUCCGGCAAUUGCUGGAAACGCCCAAACCCCAAAUAUCGUUUGCGGAGCUCGAGAUGAUCUUCGCCACUAUGUUCUUGAUGGUCGCGUAUGAGUGGCAGUUUGGCCAUUGCAUGCGCCAUCUGCACCUGCAUCUACAGGGGGUGCGGUCGUUACUGGAAACCCAUCCGGAGCUGUUCCAUGUCCGGGACGUCAACGAGGUGUUGCUGGCGAUGGAGGCAGAACAGCCAAGUGACACGGUGACGCGGGCUUCAUUUAUCUCGGAUCAGUUCUUACUAUGGAUCCUAUAUAUCGAUGUCACCCGACGAUCGAUCGGAACGACAGAGUCGCUGUACGACUACGUACUCAACUCGGAUAACGAAUCGCUCCAUCCCGACCAUCUGUACCGCUGCGCACGGCUAUGGAGCCGCUGCUUCUGGGGGAAGCAGUAUCCGGACCAGGAGGUAUCGGACGACAUGGAGAACUACCGGGCGUUAGAGUUUGUGCACGUAGGCUACACCCUAUGGCAUAAGCUGUGGAAGUGCCUGGACAAGAGCAGCACCUACACUGGCGAUGGACUUUUCACCGAAAUGAUGACAGUUCGCGAUGUACGUAUACCCCUCCUCUAUAAUUCCCUGCUAACUGUCCAGAAAUACUCGGACCUCCUCCUAACCGCCAAAUUCGCCAGUCCAGGCUCCACCCGACGCACCCUCAACACCAUCUACCUCGCCGUCAACAAUUUCUACGGCCAGAUUCUCUUCCACCGACGUCUCUUCGACCCUGUACACCCUCCCACCGCUCUCCACCGCCAAGCCCUCACCAACAUCAUCGACAACGCCCAUAAGCAGUAUACCGCGGAUCCUCGUCUCCUCCGCCGCCUCCACUGGCCCCUCCUCAUGGCCAUCGUCGAGACCGACGACCCGAUCCAACGCGAAUGGCUCCGCGAACGUCUCUCCGAGAUGCGAGCCUUUCACUCGGAACACAUGUGGGCGUUUGAAAUUGCCGAGGACGUUCUCGCUCAUCAAGACCCAAGUAUAGGAGAGUAUGCCAAUCUGGCUGAAGUGCUGCGCAAUCACCAGAUUAGUGUGUUAUAGCAUAACAAUGUACAUACCACCACCACACAUAUACUACAUAUAAUUAUAUCCAUCUUAUCCCUCAUACCCACUGGGAUAAAAGAAUAAGGAGAAAGAUUAAUCCUCCAAAA